UCUCUUUACUUCAAAAUCUUUCUCCAUUAUAGCUGCUAAAAAUCAUUCAUAUUCAAAGAUUCUUUAUGGCUUGUUCAGUUUCUUCUUCAGCUAUUCCAUCAAUGGUGAUGGUUGGCCUUUCGGUUCUCUCUUUUGCUGUUGCUUCUGCUGGUAACUUCAACCAGGAUUUUGACAUCACUUGGGGAGAUGGCCGUGCCAAGAUUCUCAACAAUGGAGAGCUUCUUACUCUGAAUCUUGAUAAAGCCUCUGGCUCCGGCUUCCAAUCCAGGAAUGAGUAUCUUUUUGGCAAGAUUGAUAUGCAGCUCAAACUUGUCCCUGGAAACUCUGCUGGCACUGUCACUGCUUACUAUUUGUCCUCAAAAGGGUCUACAUGGGAUGAGAUAGACUUCGAAUUCUUGGGAAAUUUGAGUGGUGAUCCUUACAUUCUUCAUACCAAUGUGUUCAGCCAAGGAAAGGGUAAUAGAGAACAACAGUUCUAUCUCUGGUUUGACCCAACUGCUGAUUUUCACACCUAUUCCAUUCUCUGGAAUCCCCAGCGCAUUGUCUUCUCUGUGGAUGGUACUCCCAUAAGAGAGUUCAAGAACUCAGAGUCAAGUGGUGUUCCAUUCCCAAAGAGUCAGCCAAUGAGAAUAUACUCUUCUCUCUGGAAUGCUGAUGACUGGGCUACUAGAGGUGGACUUGUGAAGACAGAUUGGACUCAAGCUCCUUUCACUGCUUCCUACAGAAACUUCAAUGCUGAUGCUUGUGUUUGGUCUAAUGGUGCAUCUUCUUGCAAUUCAAACUCACCUUCUUCCACAUCCAGCAAUGGUGCCUGGCUCUCUGAAGAACUUGAUAUAACAAGUCAAGAGAGACUGAAAUGGUUUCAGAAGAACUACAUGAUUUACAAUUAUUGCAGUGACACCAAGAGAUUUCCCCAGGGCCUUCCUGUAGAAUGUAGCAGUACCUCUUAGAGACAACUCAUUACAUCAAUUCUUUCAUUAUUUGGUAGUAAUCAUCUACAAACCUAGCUCAAUUCUACCAUUUUUUCAUUCUUUGCCAUCUA